AUGGUAUUCUUAUUACUGAAAGUUGUGACGAUUUUUGGCUUCUUUGCUAGCCCAGCACUUGCGCAUGGAAUCGUGACGGGCAUCGUGGCAAAUGGUAUUUAUACUCAGGGAUGGUCACUUGAUUUCUACUAUGACAUUGUUAAUAAAGUGGCCUAUCCGACGACGCCUGGGUGGUAUGAGGAUGCGUUGGAUUCAGGGUUUAUUCCGCCGUCUGAGUACCAAGAUCCGAAUAUUAUCUGCCACAAGGACGGCAGGAACGCCAAUACCACCGCAACGGUAGCUGCAGGCUCAACAGUCGAGUUCCAAUGGACACAGCCGUGGGCGCACAACAUCGGACCCAUGUUGACCUAUGUUGCGAACUGCAAUGGGGAUUGCGAGACUGUUGAUAAAACGACCCUCGAGUUCGUCAAGAUUGACGAGUCGGGCAUCGAUUUCACCACCCAGGAAUGGGCUUCCGGCGUUAUGAUUGCUAAUAACGGGUCUUGGACAAGCACCGUGCCUAAGUCUCUUGCUCCGGGGCAUUAUGUCUUCCGCCACGAGACCAUAGCCUGCCAUGGCGCCUCCACACUAGGUGGUGCGCAGAACUACCCCUUUUGUCUCAAUAUCGACGUCACGGGUUUUGGGACGGCGAAUCCGGAGGGGACGUUGGGUGUGGAUCUUUAUAAUGAGAAUGAUCCGGGGAUUUAUUUUAAUCCGUAUGUUACGUUAACGAAUUAUACUAUUCCUGGGCCUGUGCUGUGGACGGGGUAG